AUGGCCAUCUGCCCGGCACAGCGCGUUUGGCGCCAUGUCAUUGGCCUCCUUUGCCUGCAACCCACCUGGCCUGCGUCGACGGUGUCCACCGACUGGCUCGACGGUCGGUGUGCACCCCAUGCAGCGCUGCUGCCGCCGGAGGCAUGCGCUCCACGCGCCUUCCCAGAGCAGUGUGCGACGCGCACGCCCGUGGAUGGCUCCUGGGUGUGGCCCGGACGCAACUGGUGCUGGGUGGCCACGAAGCGCCACGCCUGCUAUGGGCAUCACACCUGGGAGGAGGCAGCAGAGGUGGCUGAAAAGGAGAUGGAGGUGGUCAAGGCCACUGAGGGUGACGUGCCGCUGCGGCGCCCGGAGCUUUGCGACGUGCGCGCGCACGGGCGGCCAUUGAAGCCGAACGAGACGGCGUCAGUGCAGCAAAGGACCAGCUUUCGCAUCGAGGCGGCAGAGGCCAGCUUUUGGUUCGAUCGGAACGUGGCGGUCUACGUGGUGAGCCUGCCCAGCGCUGUUCUCCGAUGGAACCGGAUGCAGCAGAGGCUCCAGGAGCUCGAGAUCAACGUCCAGCGCGUGGAUGGAAUUGACUUGGCAUCCGCCUCCGGAUUGGAGGCGGCAAAGAAGGAAGGGCUGGUGCCCUUUGGGUGGAACUAUACCGCGGCCAAGGAGACGAUGGUCAGACUCCUGCAGAAGAGCAGCAAAUCAGCUGCAGAGAGGUACCUGGAGAACUACGGUUUGGGCACCGUGGGCUGCGCUGCCGCACAUCUGCGGGCACUCUGGACAGCUGCCAGUGCUUGGCAUGCGCGGAAGCCCCUGGUGCUGAUCCUGGAAGAUGACGUUUGGCUGGAAGAAGACUUUAAGCUGAAAGUGCGAAAGCUACUGAAAGCCGAAGCACCCUGUGACUGGCAGGUGAUCUCCCUGCGCUCGCAAUGUCCCUAUGGGACGUGCGUGAGUCCGCACCUGACGCGUGUUCAGCCCGAUGGCAACGAACCGGAAGAGAUGUGCAGACAUGGGGUGAACUACGGCUUCUACGCGAUGCUCUACCAAGCCGAUGCCUUGAUCUUUGUGGCUAAUGCUCUGCAUCAGGAGAUCUGGAACAGCUCCACACCUGGAUGUUUAGCCAACGACGUGGCUCUGGCACAGAUCAGCGAUCGAGUGGCCUACUACGCAGUCCCUUCCAGUCAAGAACCCGGCUUCGUGCAGCAUGGGCACUUCCCCUCCGUGCGCAGUGUGCUGAACCAACAGACCUCUGCAGCGUGGCUGGAUCAGGUGCUACAGAAGAAACGCUCGAGCCAGGUGCUCUAA